AUAUUGUGUUCCUGACUCGGCACUCGAACCCCGCUUUAGUAGAAAAAUCAAAAUGAAUUUCACGAGAAUCAUAUUUUUCUUGUUCGUUGUUGUUUUCGCGACCGCAUCAGCGAAACCUUGGAACUUCUUCAAGGAAAUCGAGCGUGCCGUGGCGAGGACACGCGACGCCGUCAUCAGCGCGGGUCCGGCGGUGGCGACGGUGGCGGCAGCCAGCGCCGUCGCGUCUGGCUAGUCCCAGCACACCAAACCCCAUCACAGCUCGCAGACUGACGUAACCAGCUUGAACCUCGCACAACUAGUUCGGAACAAUAUUUCCCCUGUUAAUAAAAUCAAGAGAACUCCAUUGGAUGAAGUUCGUGUUAAGAUACAAAUUGCAUAUCGAGUGAGCUUGUUCUGUUGGAUCAGGUCAGCUCGCGUUCACAAAUUGCUUUAUAUAUAAGUAGAAUACAAAUAUUUCAGAAGUACAUACUUAUAAUGUAUAGUGUAUCAUAUAGUAAUAGUUGAUUUUGUUUUUGACUCCCAUAAAAGUGCCUUUUGGAGACAUUAAUAAAAAGAAAAAAAGUUGAAA